AUGGCUUUUAUGUAUGCCAACAAGGAGCAGACACCGCUCACAUCAGGAAAGCAACUCCAUUCGUUUAUCUUUAAGAACUCUCAGUGUGUUUUGGCCUUGGCUCUUGCUAUUGAGGAGAUCAACAAUAAUCCUCAUCUUUUACAUAACCUGACUCUGGGAUUUGAUGUCUGUGAUGUUGACUUCAGAGGUUGGACAAUGUUUAAGAAUCCCUUCAUUUGUCUUUUUCGGAAGUACAAGAUUCGAAACUACUCCUGUAUGAGAGACAGCAGGUCUAUAGCAGUACUUACAGGAAUAAUAUCUAAGCAGAUCGGGACAUUGUUGGGACUCUACAAAUUUCCACAGCUUCACAGUUUUCUGAAGAAUGUCCAGUUUGACAAUCCUACUAGAGAUCAAGUGAUUUGGGAUGAGAAAAGGAAAUUGGAGCCAGAGUAUGACAUUCUGAAUAUUUGUAAUUUUCCAGAAGGUUUGGAACUUGCAAGUUGUGGUCCUGGAUUCAGGAAAUCCCCUCAGGAAGGAAAGGCUGCCUGUUGCUUUGAUUUUACAUUUUGCCUAAGACAUGAAAAUGCUAAUGGGACAGAUAUGGAGCAAUGUGUGAAGUGUCAAGGUCAUCAGUAUGCCAACACAAAGAGGACUCAGUACAUCUUGAGAGCUGCAACUUUCUUGGCCUUUGGAGAACCCUUGGGCAUGGCUCUUUGCUUCACCUUGUUAACUUCUAUUGUUCUUGGGAUGUUUUUGAAACACCAAGACACUCCCAUUGUCAAGGCUAAUAACUGGGCUCUCAGCUACAUCUUGAUCAUCUCCCUCAUCUUCUAUUUCCUCUGUUCCUUGCUGUUUCUUGGCGGACACAUCACAGUCACCUGCAUCCUGCAGCAAACUGCCUUUGGAAUUGUGUUCACUCUGGAUGUUUCCACAGUGUUGGCCAAAACAGUGACUGUGGUUCUGGCCUUCAAGGCAGUCCCCAGGAGAAGGAUGAGGUGGCUGCUGGUAUCAGGGGCUCCUAACUUCAUCGUCCCCAUCUGCACCCUCAUCCAGGUGGCCCUGUGUGGACUGUGGCUGGGAAUUUCUCCUCCCUUUGUGGACACAGAUGCCCUCUCUGAACAUGGCCACAGCAUCAUUCUGUGUAACAAGGGCUCCCUCAUUGUCUUCUAUUGUGUCCUCGGAUACCUGGGUACCCUGGCCCUGGCCAGCUUCACUGUGGCUUUUCUGGCCAAGAACUUGCCUGACACCUUCAAUGAAGCUAAGUCUACCUUCAACAUGCUGUUGUUCUGCAAUGUGUGGCUCACCUUCCUGCCUGUCGACCACAGUGCCAAGGGGAAAGUCAUGGUGGCUGUGGAGGUCUUCUCCAUUUUGGCCUCUGGGGCAGGACUCCUAGGCUGCAUUUUUGCCACCAAGUGUUACAUCAUUUUGUUAUUGCCAAAUAGAAAUUGUCUGUAUGGCUUCAGGGACAAAAGGUCCUUGGCUGGUACUAGCUGCUUUUCUACAAUGAAGCACCGAGCACACAUGAAUGGAGAUGUGAUGAUCACUGGGUUUUCCCCUCUGAACACUUUGGGAAUAGAUCAGAGUAACAUCCAUGCUUCCAGGCAAGAAGACAACAAAAUCAAAAUCAACUUUAAUGAAACUAAUUUCAAAUAA